GGGCACUUUGGAAUUCGGGAAGGAUGAUAGAUGGGGUUGGAGGGCAGAGGAGGACGAGGAGGAGGGGGAGGAGACGGAGGUGAGGGUGGAGAGGCAGGGAGGCAGGGAGGAGGAGGGUGCAGAGGCGGGGAGGAAGGGGAAGGAUGAGCAGGAGAGUGGGAGGGCGGGUGUGGCAUGGAGAAGGGGAGUAGAGGGGGAGGAGGAGGAGGAGGAGGAUGACGAGGGAGACGAGGAGGAGGAGGAAGGAGGGGAUGAUGAGGCGGGAGACGAUGAUGAGGAUGAGGCGGCGGUGUGGCAAAAAGGGGUGACAGAGAGCAUGGGCCUGGCUUUCUAACGUUUGCAGGGUGCCACACCC